AUGAUUGUUGCGAAGAAAGUAGCAGCCCAGAAGGGUAUUGACCAGGAAGGCUAUCGUGUGGUAAUCAAUAAUGGUCAACAUGGCUGUCAGUCUGUCUAUCACAUCCAUUUGCAUGUUUUAGGUGGGCGGAAGCUCAAGUUCCCUCCAGGAUGACUAGGUAAUAUCUAAUUUUAAUAUCUAGAUGUCCACAUUAUCCUAUUCUUGAUAUGUUGUUCCAGAAAACACCCUUUGAAAACGUUCGCUUACGUGUAUCAACUCCCCACUUACGAUAACACCUCUUCAAUUAUAGGCCCGUAUUCUACCUGAAAACAAAGAAAAUUUAAGACGGAAUAGAUCAGGAAAAUGAGUAAUUUUAAUUCUCAGUGGACAAAAAUCUUGUACCAGAAUAAUUUAAAGAAUAUUGCGUUCUUUUUUACACUUUUCAAGGACUAAAGAUGUAAUUAGUCAUAUGUAAUAACACCAAAGAAAAUUUCUCAUUGGAGUCCGAGAAAAUGAAUGUCAAAUUUCACAAGAAUUAUGAAAACACAGGUAAACUUCUGAAAAUUUCAUGUGUAAGAUGCAAUUUUGUGAAAUUUGACAUUUUGUGAAAUUUUUUGUGGUGUUAUUACAGAUAACAAAUUACAUCUUCAGCCCUUUAAAAAUGCAAAAAAUAAUGCAAUAUGCUCUUAAUUAUUCUGGUACAUGGUUUUUGUCCACUGAUAAUUAAAAUAUUAUUACCCAGUUCCCUGGUGGAUUCCGUCUUUAGUUAAUACAUCUGAUAUAUAAGCCCCCCCUCCCCCUCACCCCUUUUUUCCAACUGUAUUGAGGUGAAAACGCGUUAUCAUGAUGUUUUGAAGCUUAAUUAACAAGUCAGUCAAUGCAAUACUUAUUUUGAUCUGCACUACUAUAGCUUGUUGUAAAGCGCUUUUUCUAUUUCUGUUUUAAGCCCCCUCGGAUAUAAGCCCCUCUGUUUAUAAACUCUCCUAAAACCCCUCAAGAUGAUGUGUAAGCUCAGGGCUUGUAAGCGGCAAUUUAUGGUAAUUAGCCAUACUCUUCAACAGAAGAGACGCAAUGAGACUCCUGACUGGUGGCCAUUUUCGACGCGUGGCAUGGCAACAUUCUUGUUGCUUAAGAUUUCAAUGAAGAAAUGCCUUUUUGGACCCGUGCUAAAUGUCUUUCUUGUCCACUGA